GCAAGUCGCAGCACGCGCCGAUGAGGAAACCCUUUCAAUCACGUGACGUAAACAACAAUGGCGGUUAUAACUAUAUUUAGCUUUCCGUGUGUGUAAACGUUGUUCUGUCAUGGACCUAGAAUGUUUGGGACCAGAUUUCUGACUGUACCUUACUCAAGUAUACGUAUUGGUCUAUGUAAAGAAAUAUGUUUAUCGCAUUGUCAAAGAAGCAGAAUAAUAAGACACAUCAGUAAAACCGUUGCAGCCAACCGAAUAUUUGACGUUCCUGGUGAAAGUGAAGUGAUCGACCUAAAGAGGAAGUAUCCGAAUCCCAAAGAACUUGUUACAGACUUAUUGAGGCCAUUGGUAAACUCGAGUGAUAUCCAGGCACAAAGCACCGAAGUUUAUUCCGAAACUCAACGGACAAUACUGGAAGGCAAAGAUUAAGGUCAACUGGCCUUACACUUUGACCUUCACAGGCGUCCACAGCUGUGUGACCCAAGCAGAAGAGAAUGCAUAUCUGAUAGCAUGCAAGUUGUACAAGAGUGUCGGACUGCUGUACACAGACAAUGACAACAUCGUACAUGCUGCCUCGCAGGACCACAUUCUGCAGCUGCUGGACCAGCUUGCCAAGAAGAACAUCUUCGGGGCAGCUGACAUGACAAGGGAUGUUUACCAGCUGGAGACCUGCCAGGGGAGGAGGAAGGACGGAGAUGUUGUGUGGACAUCCAGGAUGACCGUACCGUGGCCCGCAGAAGUUUACAGUGACGGCAACUGGGCUGACAAAGCAAUCCUCCAUCUACAUUGCCUGUCUGAUGGCAUGCACCAAACUGAAGCUUCUUCAUCUGAUAACGGCCAAAAAUAACCUAUUUGAAAACAUCCACCCGAAGUACACCCCUCUCCCGUCCACACGUGUGAGAGUCCAAGACUUUGAUCCCCACUACCAGAUCUACGUGGACGCUUCGCUGAUUGGCUUCGGAGCGUAUCUCCUCACAAAGACCGACAACAAAGUUCGAUGGAUGUCUGAAUCCUGGACUGAUCACUUCAACGCAGCUCUUCCAUGGGGAGACAGAAAACAUUUUGAUUCUUCCUUCUACGAGUUCUACGCUCUCCUCACAGCGUGUUACACAUGGAAACACAAGUUUGUCGAUAAACGAGUACUGUGCUGGACGGACAACCUCCAGGCCGCCACAGUGGUCAACUGCCAACUGACCGGUUUACCUCUGAUUCUACAACCUCAGUACGGCAAGUUGUUCCAGAUGAUGGCCAAUAUGUGUCAGAAGUACAACAUUUGCCUCAAGGCAUCACACAUCUACCGUGUUGAUAACGUCGCUGCAGACUUUCUCUCCAAGGUCCAGAUUGACAAGUUCAAAAAAGUCUUCCCUGAGGCUGAGAUAAAGUCAAAGAAAACCAAGAAACUGCUUUUCUUGAAGCCGAUUGUGCCACAUGUUCCUGCCAAGAAGGACAAAUCUUGAUAUGACUUAAAUUAUAGUGAUUUUGUUAUAUAUGCUAUGUAUACGCUUGUUGAACAUUCUGGGAGAGUGCAUGAAAGAUGAUUUUUGAGAAUAUACUGUUAAUAAAAAGCCUGCUAGGAACGUCUUUUCCUACAUUCAGGUGUUGCUGUUUA